AUGGCGACCGCGUCAACUCAUGAAUCUGGCGCCGAUCAACUGCCGACGAUAAAGUUGAUGAAGAACAGACGCCGCACAUUCAAGGCGCAAAUUACAAUGUUAAGCAAGGCUCUUGAAACGUAUCAAGACUCGACGAAAGAACGCCUCAAACUCCGCGAACGGGUCGAACGAUUACGCAAACAAUUUGACACGUUCAACGAAAUUCAAGACGAGUUAGGAUUAAUCGAAAACUUCGAACAAACGGAAGCGGAGCGCGAAGCGGUCACCGAACAAUUCGACGAAGCGAUCGCCACGGCUCUCACGUUGUUGCAAGAAGCUGAACGGGUUACGACGCAACAACCAUCAACGGAAAUUAGAGUCGCGAACGAAUCACCUUCUCCGUCAACGUCAUCAACCGCGAUCGGAGUACACCUUCCCAAAAUCGAUCUACCAAAAUUCGAUGGUCGAUUAGAAAAAUGGAUUGCAUUCAAGGAUGCAUUUCAGACGAUGAUCCACGCGCAUACGGGUUUGAGCGACAUACAGAAGCUCCAUUAUCUAAGGUUGUCGUUAUCGGGCAAGGCUGAAUCCGCCAUCGAGUCCUUCACGAUCAGCGAGGACAACUACAGGGCGACUUGGGAUCAGCUGAUCGAAACCUACGAUAAUACGCGCGCGCUCGUUCUCCGACAUUCCGCGUUACUGCGCGACACGCCCGCAAUGAUCGACGACACGGCCGAGUCGAUCCGCGAUCUAGUCAAUCACAUGCAGUCUCAGAUUCGCUCCCUGCACGCAUUGGGAAGAUCUUGGGAGGACAUCGCGAACGAUCUGUUGACUAGCAUCGCGAUAUCAAAAAUGGGUCCCAACACGAAACGAGAAUGGGAACAAACGUUGUCAGACACGUCGAUGCCGAAGAUUUCGGACGUUUUCCGGCAUCUCCGCAACGCGUCCCAUCGAUGCAGGAGCGAAGAGUCGCCGCAGACCGAGUCAAACGCUCCAAUUUCGAACGAGUAUCACGCUCCAUCAGCGAGCACGGCACCGUCGCGCCCGGCACUCGCGAAAACAUCACCGACGUUCGCGAGAAAAUCGACGCGUCCAAACAAACCCCCAUCGCCGCGAUCAGGCAGACGACAAACCUUCGUUGCAACCUCCGCAACAAGCUGCAAGAUUUGCAACUCCGGACCGCAUCAAGUCUUCCAGUGUCAGCGUUUUUUAGAUAUGACAGUCAAGGACAGGAUCCAGGCUGCACGCAAGGCCAAUCUCUGCUUUAAUUGCCUCCAAACAGAUCAUGCUACCAGAGAUUGUAACGGAGGAAAAUGUCGCGUCUGCAACGGGCGCCACAACACGAAGCUCCAUCAGGAUGCUACGACACCGGGCAACGCGAAAAAGCUCCAUCAGGAUGCUGCGACACCGGACAACGCGAAUAAAUCGCGAACCGGACCUUCAACAUCACGACAACAGGGCACUCAUCUCGGACCGGACACACCAACGAACGGAUUAUUGGCCACGGCAAUCGUCGAGGUAUUAGAUCGCGAUCGACAACCCGUUCAUUGCCGAACACUGGUCGAUACCUGUUCGAACGCCAACUUCAUCACGGAAGAUCUCGCGGACAAGCUACGUUUGCCAUCGACGCGGGCAUCCGUAGCGAUUCAAGGCUUAAAUCAGGCAAACACCGUGGCGAACAAAUUGGUGACAACAACAAUCAAAUCACGGUGUUCGAAUUAUCAACGACAGCUGACCUUCUUCACGAUCCCGCAGAUAUCAGAUCGAACGCCUGAUAUGCCGAUGGACCGAUCGAAAAUUCGAAUACCGCCCAACAUUCGAUUGGCAGAUCCGCAUUUUCAUCAACCGGGGAAAGUCGAUAUGCUGAUAGGGACCGGUCCAGCGCUAUCAUGCCUCAGCAUCGGCCAACUCGAUCUUUCCGACCAAAGCGGCCGAGAUUUGAUCCUCCAGAAGACUCAGCUGGGUUGGAUCAUCGGAGGGAACGUUCCAGUUUCGACCACGCGCGCGGCACACAAGACAUUCAUCGCCAAUCUGGAAGUCAGCCUCCAACGGUUCUGGGAGGUGGAAGAAGGACCGUGCGAUCAACACUUCUCCAUCGAAGAACGCGAGUGCGAGAAACAUUUCGUAGAAAACGUGCGACGUGAUGAUUCCGGACGCUAUACGGUUGCGUUACCAUUCAACGAGAAGAAGAACAAUCUAGGGGAAUCCCGGUCGCGUGCCCUAAAUCGUCUUCUUUCUCUCGAGCGAAAAUUGGAACGCAAUCCGGAAUUAAAAGAACAAUAUACUGCGGUAUUAAACGAAUACCUUGCGUUGGGACACAUGUCACAGGUAGAAGGUUUCGACGCGCGUGGCUUCUACCUGCCGCAUCAUGCUGUCAUAAAACCUUCAAGCGCCACGACGAAGGUUCGAGUUGUGUUCGACGGUUCGGCAAAGACGAGCACAGGUGUAUCAUUAAACGACGCAUUAAUGAUAGGUCCAACCAUUCAGGACGACCUGUUCUCUCUUCUCCUACGAUUUCGCACGUACGCUUUCGUAAUUACCGGGGACAUUGAGAAAAUGUAUCGGCAAUUUCUCGUUCGGCCAGAGGAUCGCGCGUACCAGCGAAUUUUAUGGAGAAAUAAGGACGGCCACGUAAAAACGUACGAGUUGAACGUGGUCACGUUUGGCCUUUCGUCGGCUCCAUUUUUAGCAAUCCGUUGCAUACAUCAACUCGCAGACGACGAACGGGACGCGUAUCCAGAAGCGGCAACCGUCUUAAAGAGAGAUCUGUACGUAGACGAUCUUCUCACGGGCGCCGAUACGGCUCAACAAGCGAAACGCAUGCAGACGCAGAUCAGCAACUUGCUCAAGACAGGAGGACUCAACAUCCGCCAAUGGGCCUCCAACGAACCCAACAUUCUCGAGGGACUGAGCGAGGAGCAGAUCCACCCAAAAAUCUUAGGAGACGCCGCCGUUAUGAAAACCUUGGGAGUGUCCUGGGAUGCGCGAAACGACACAAUUCGUUACACAGUCGAAAUCCCAACCAACGGCAAAAUCAGCAAGCGCAGUAUUUUGUCUACGAUCGCUAAAAUAUUCGACCCAUUAGGACUUCUUGGGCCCGUCACGAUCAUCGCCAAGAUCCUAAUGCAACGCCUUCGGCAAUUGAAGAUCAGUUGGGACGAAUCACUUCCUGCCAACCUUCACACCGAGUGGAUCACCUACGCGGCACAGUUGCAGGAACUGAACAACAUGGAGUGCAACCGUCACCACAUCGAGCUCCACGGAUUUUGCGAUUCUAGCGAACGAGCAUACGGAGCCUGCAUUUACGUCCGCACGAUAAGUGAGGAUGGUCACAUCGAAACCCACUUACUGUGCGCAAAAUCUCGCGUCGCGCCGUUAAAAACCAUAACUCUCGCGCGGUUAGAGUUAUGCGGAGCCGCUCUUUUGGCAUCGUUAUACGCCUCCGUCCGAAAGGCGAUCACGCGCGAUAUCAAAGAAACUUUUUUAUGGACCGAUUCGACCAUAGUAUUAAACUGGAUCAAGAAACAGCCUAAUACUUUAAAAACUUUCGUGGCCAACCGUGUGGCCGACAUUCAGCGCAAAACAGACACGGAAUCGUGGCGACAUAUCAAAUCAGAACACAAUCCAGCUGAUUUGAUAUCACGGGGUGUUAUGCCUGCGCAAUUCCACAACAAUGGAUUCUGGUUCCACGGUCCAGACUGGCUUGCCGACCAUCGAGCAAGGUGGCCAGAAUCAAAGGUCAGCUUGACGGAUGAGGUACCCGAAUUAAAAAGGGUUACGUGUCUCGUGAGCUCAACCAUUUGGAGCGAAGAGAUCCUCGCCCGAUAUUCGUGCCUCAAGAGGCUUACGCCGGAGCGACGAGAUCCUCACCCGAUAUUCGUGCCUCAAGAGGCUUACGCGGGUCGUCGCGUAUUGUCUCCGCUUCCGUCAACGCGUCGCGGGACCAUUGACCACCGAGGAGCUGCAAGAAGCCAGACAACGUAUCAUCAAGCUGGUGCAACUCACCUCAUUCGAACAGGACAUUCGGGACCUCGAAGGCGGAAAAUUACGUCCGAAGAGUAA